UUUUUCUAUUUUCCGUCUCUUUUACCGUAGAGGUGUGGAGCCCAAAAAUGGACCUCUGCUUUGCUGGCUUCAAGCUCGCCAUUGUUGGUUUUUUAUGGGUUUUGUCUGCUGAGAAUUAGAGGGAUAAAAAAAAUAGAAAGAAAGAAAGAGGAGAGGAGAAAAAGGAAAGAAAGAGAUUUUAUAUUUUUUAAGUUGUUGGGGCCAAACCCCAAAUCUUUCAUAUAAAAUGACUUCUCCUUUUGAAGAAUGACGAAAAAAGAAAAAGAAAAACUCGCCCCUUUCGUUUUUCUGUUAUGUUCUUUUCUUCUUCUACUUCAAUUAUCUCAGCACUAGUUGAAACAAUCCAAUCCAAACCAAACCAAACCAAAUCAAAAGCCAAAACCCAAAUCCGAACUUCUUUUUUCCUUCUCUUUUGAUGUGAUUGAUCCAUAGAUCUGUUGAUUCUGGUUUCAAGCAUAAACCGAAGUGGUCAAAGAAAAUAAAAGGUGUUCCAUUAUUGUGUCAAGAAGCAAAGGAGCUAAGGCUCACGGGUCAGGUUUCUAGGUCCUAGUUGUAUUCAGUGCUCAUUUAGAUGUGGAGAAUUUGGAGGGUUUUUUGGAGGAGAUGAGGGAUGUUAUCUGGGUUUAUGAACUUCUUGAGGGCCUGUUUUCGGCCGAGGUCGGAUCGAUAUGUUCACUCAAGUUCGGAUGCUGGAGGUCGCCAGGAUGGGCUUUUGUGGUACAAGGACACAGGGCAACACUUCAAUGGUGAGUUCUCGAUGGCAGUGGUUCAGGCCAAUAAUUUACUUGAGGAUCAGAGCCAGCUUGAGUCUGGUGGUUUGAGUUCACAUGAGUGUGGUCCCUAUGGUACUUUUGUUGGUGUAUAUGAUGGGCAUGGGGGCCCUGAGACUUCACGUUACAUCAAUGAUCAUCUCUUUCAACAUCUCAAGCGGUUCACCUCAGAGCAACAGACAAUGUCAGUUGACGUGAUACGAAAAGCUUAUCAAGCAACAGAAGAGGGUUUUUUGUCUCUCGUUACCAGACAAUGGCCUGUGAACCCACAAAUUGCUGCUGUUGGAUCCUGCUGCCUGGUCGGUGUUAUCUGUGGUGGAACCCUUUAUGUUGCCAACCUCGGUGAUUCCCGUGCUGUUCUGGGGAGAGCUGUGAAAGCAACGGGAGAGGUUCUAGCCAUUCAGCUCUCAGCUGAGCAUAAUGCGUGUAUAGAAUCUGUGAGACAGGAGCUGCAAUCAUUGCACCCUGAUGACUCGCAAAUUGUAGUUUUGAAGCACAAUGUGUGGCGUGUAAAAGGUCUCAUACAGAUAUCCAAAUCUAUUGGUGAUGUAUAUUUAAAAAAGGCUGAGUUCAACAGGGAGCCUUUGUACCCUAAAUUCCGCCUCCGUGAACCUUUCCAAAAGCCGAUAUUGAGCGCAGACCCAUCAAUAACAGUGCACCAGCUGCAGCCACAUGAUCAGUUUGUGAUAUUUGCAUCUGAUGGGCUGUGGGAGCACCUAAGCAAUCAAGAAGCUGUUGAUAUAGUUCAGAAUCAUUCACGAAGUGGAAUUGCAAGGAGGCUGGUGAAAAUUGCUCUACAAGAAGCAGCAAAGAAAAGAGAAAUGAGGUAUUCUGACUUGAAGAAAAUUGACCGUGGUGUCCGUCGCCAUUUCCAUGACGACAUCACCGUAAUUGUGGUGUUUCUUAACUCAAACCUCGUGAGCAAGGCCUCCUCUGUUAAGGGUCCUAAUCUAUCUGUUCGAGGGGGAGGAGUUACCUUACCUCCUCGUACUCUGGCUCCUUGUGCCAUGCCAGUCUAAUCUGGCAGUACCUGAUCAUAUGCCGUAUUGCAUGUUUUUCAUGUUGUAUCAUUUUCUUAUGUGAAUAUCAGGUAGCUUCCGAAAGCGAUGCAAGCCUUCGAUUCUUUAAUGUACACUGUAACACUUGACUGGAAACUCAUACUUGCAUUUUGCAUCUGCGUGGGAACACCUAAAAAGAGAACUAGAAAGGAGUACAAGGUACAAGAUGACAAUGAUUGUAGUUAAUUACUUGGGGUAGUUCCCUCAAGUCUUUAUAUAAUAGUUUCCUUUUGAUCUUUA